UUUACUCCCUACAGAAGUGUGACCAUCAACACAACAUGGACAAACUUCAACAUGUACAAAAACAGACAAUUGCUAUUCAGAAGCUGCUAUCUAGCGGGGCCACCAUACCGAAAGGAAAAGACACGACUUGUGAGAGACUGUUAGACGAGGCUACGACUGCUCUAGCUGAGGUGCACAGACUGUUGUCAGAGGGUGGAUCGACCAAUGGUGAUGUUACGGGAAGAGGCAGCAAGAAGAUUGCGGCAAAGUCGUCGGUAGUUAACGUAGAAAGCCGCCCUAAACAUGCUCUUCACAUGACCAUGGAUGAAGACGACUUAGAGGAUCAAGAUCUGUUCCUAGAACGGCUACAAAAUGAAGGGGAUGAGUUAAUGCUGACAUCAGCAGAGAAAGCUGAAGCAGAGGCCAUCACAACUUCAUUUACAGAACUGGAUGAUGACUUUGGUGAUGACUUCGGGGAUGAUUUUGACACCCAGGCCUUGGAGGAGAUAGAUGCCAUGUGUACUGAUGGCGGGGACGGUGUCAUCAAUGUUGAUGAUGGGGAUGAAACUGAUGUAGAGGAAGAGGAGGAGGAAGAGGAGAAUGAUCCUUCCAUCCCACCACCAGACAAAGACACAAUUGAUGCACUGAAGAAAUACUUUGGCCAUGCUCACUUCAGACCAAUGCAGUGGAAAAUUGUCCGUUCUAUACUGGAGGAAAGAAGAGACAAUUGCUGCAUCAUGGCAACAGGUUAUGGAAAGAGCCUGUGUUACCAGUUCCCAUCUGUGUACACUGGAGGCACCACUGUGGUCAUCUCUCCCCUUAUCUCUCUCAUGGAGGAUCAAGUCCUUGGGCUUAAAGUGGCUAACAUCCCUGCAUGUUUCCUGGGGUCUGCACAAAAGGACACAGCAGAUGUCAUGAGGAGUCUGAUGAGAGGAGAAUACCGUGUUGUGUACAUCACUCCUGAGUAUGCUGCUGUAGGGGCGGGGGAGAGUGUUCUCAAGGACCUGGACAGGAAAAUUGGUAUCACCCUGAUUGCCAUAGAUGAAGCCCACUGUGUUUCCCAGUGGGGACAUGACUUCAGGUCAUCUUACAGGACACUGGGGAGGAUCAGGGACAUGCUACCUAAAGUGCCUAUCAUGGCAGUGACGGCCACUGCCACACCUGAGGUGAAGAAUGACAUCUGUCAAUCACUCGGACUGAGAGACCCUCAGAUCACCAUGACAAGCUUUGACAGGCAGAAUCUAUUUCUUGAGGUGCUGAGCAAGACUAACACACAGCAUGACCUGAAGAGCCUGAUGAGAGAAACAAGGAGGUUUUACUAUGAGUUUGAUGGACCAACUAUCGUGUACUGCCCAACUAGAAAGGAAACAGAAAAUGUUGGGCAGUCUCUGAAGGCUAUGGGUGUGAAAUGUGAGAUCUACCAUGCUGGCCUCACCAAUGAGAAGAGAAAGGACGUCCACCAUAGGUUCAUCAGAGAUGAACUACAGUGUAUCGUGGCCACCGUGGCAUUUGGGAUGGGGAUUGACAAACAUGAUGUGAGAAGGAUCAUCCACUACGGAGCACCAAAGGACAUUGAGUCAUACUACCAGGAGAUCGGGAGGGCGGGGAGAGAUGGGAUGAACAGUUCCUGUCAUGUCUUCUACACGCCCAAGGACUUCCUCACCAACAGGUAUUUCCUGAAUGACAUCCAGAAUGACAGAUUCCGCCAACACAAGGCCCAGAUGAUCAGUAAGAUGGAGAAAUACCUGGCCACUACAAAGUGCAGGAGAAGAAUGAUCCUGUCCCAUUUUGACAAGAACUGCAAGAGCAGUGUGAGUGGGACAGCCCAGUGCUGUGACAACUGUGCUGAGAAGUUAAGGGCAGCCAAUAGAGCUGGACUGUCCACUCGUGUACUGACCGCUGCUCAGAUGAACCAGGACAGUCAGGUGGACUAUAGUAAGGAGGCACAGUUAAUGCUCAAUGCUGUCAAGGUGACAGGAGAAAGUUUCGGCAUUGGAGUUCCAGUUAUGCUUCUUGUAGGCUCUACCAAUCAGAAGCUGCCAGACAGGUGCUACAAACUGAAGGCAUAUGGAAGUGGCAGGCAUCGUUCAGAAAAAUGGUGGAAAGCAUUUGCUCGAGUGUUGAAGCAGGAAGACAUGUUGACUGAAAACAAGGCAGGAGGGAGGGGUGGGGGGUUUGGGAAUCAGAAGUUCUCUGUCAUGCUGACAGUGUUGUCAACCAAAGGACGCAACUGGCUGAACAAAGCUCUCAUGUCUGACGGCAAGGCAGUCGAAUUCAAGAUCGCACCCAACAAGGAGCUGUUGUCAUUUGAAAAGGAGAGUAGGUCUUUACCAUACACUUCAGCAAAACCAUACAGCACAGCAAGAGCCCCCUCAACUCCAUCUUCUGCAAGUACUGUGUCAGUGCGGCGAAUCCUGCCCACAGUUCAGACCAGCUCCUGGGUGGCCAGCUCUGUGCCAGGCUGGGUCAACAUCUCAGGCACUCCUCCUGCACAGAAGACACGGUCUCCUCAAGAAGAGAAGCUACAGGGUGAGCUCUAUGGAAAGCUGAUGCAAGUGAGGAAUGAGAUAGCCCACGAUAUGGAUGCACCUCCCUUCUAUGUGGCCAGCAACAAGAUAUUGGCUGAUAUGGCCAAGAUCAGACCAAAGUCAAUGGCCAGUCUACUGAACAUGGAUGGGAUAUCUGAUGUAUGUGCUCAGAGGGUCGGACCAAAGAUGCUCCCAGCUAUCCAGGUCUUCUGUGGACAACACAGCGAGCUGAACAUGGACAACUUUCCCUCACAAAACACACAGGCUGAUCUAUUGACCAUGGCCACUAGCAAGAACUGUGAACGUCUGACUGAGACAGUACAAACCUCCUACUCCAUGUUCCACCAUGAUAACCUGGGACUGGAUCAGAUAGCACGAGAGAGGACCCUCAAGACUAGUACAGUGUUCAACCAUCUGGCCACAGCCAUUUCUGCAGGUCAUCCUGUCAAUAUAGAGAAAGCUGGAGUAACAGCACAGAUGAGGGAUGAGAUUACAAAAGCCAUAAGGAAGCCACCUAUCAACUCAGAUGUAAGCCGCCUGUCAGCCAUCAAAGAAGUGCUGCCAAACCAUAUCGACUACGGUCACAUUAAGAUGGUCAUCGCCUGCCUGCAGCUACAGUUUGGAAUGGCAGAGCCUGAGGAUGUCAGCACAGAUGUCAACUUGUCAAAUGUACCGCCUUCCCAGUUCCUGUCCCAGUAUGCUGCUAGUCCCCGGGCCAGCAGUAGCUUUACCAGUUCCUCCCAGUCUACACAGUCCCCAUCCCAGCCUGCAGACUCACAGGGAACUAAAAGGAAGCUACCCUCUUGGCUGGACAGCAGCAAGAAGGGAUACAAGAGUACUGCUAGUAAAAAAUCUAAGUCUGGCGGCUUGUUUGGCAGGUGAUCCAACAUAAAAAAAAAGAUAGUGCUCAAGUGCCUUUCAAAU